CUGGUCGAUUACCCAAACCAACUAACCUUCUUCUCUUCCCCCGGCCCCAACCGAACCCAAUCAAUCCAUCUCCCUUUUUCUCUUUCUCUCUCUGGAUCUCUCUUUUUCUUUGGUAAUUCAACCCUCUCCUCUCCUCUGGUUGUUUCAUUUCCUUCCUAUACCAACCAACCAAAUAUCUCAGCAGCAGCUGGUUUUGCGGGGAAGGCAUAUAUAGGAGGCGGAAGAGCUUAAUUAAUUGUUUGCGCAAUCUAAUAAAGGCGACAUAUAUAUAUUACAUCGAUCUCUAUUAUCUAUGGGUAAAAUUAGCAGUGCAGCAGUGGAAGAGGAGGAGGAAGAAGAAUCGCCGUUAGUUACCAAUGAUGAUGAGCAUCAUCAAGCUAUCAUAUCGACUGCAAGUUUAUCUGCAGCUGUUUCAUCAUCAUCAGAAGAAGAAGAUCCAAUCUCCCAGCAGAAACAGCUGCAGCAGCAGCAAGGCGAUCUGGUUCACAGAACUGGAACGAGAUGGACGGCGGUGGCGCAUAUCAUAACGGCGGUGAUAGGGGCUGGAGUGCUGUCGCUGGCAUGGGCGGUGGCGCAGCUUGGUUGGAUCGCGGGACCAUUGUCGAUGAUGGCCUUCGCUGGAAUCACGUACGUCUCCGCCACCAUCCUGUGCGAUUGCUACCGUUACCCUGACCCUGAGGUGGGCCCCCGCCGCUUCCGCUCCUUCUUGGACGCCGUCCACCACUACCUCGGAGAAAGGAGCCACAAAGCUGGUGGAGUACUUGUCCAGGCAAACCUCUUCGGCACUGCAAUUGCUUACACCAUCACCUCCGCCACCAGCAUCAGAGCCAUCCGGGAAUCCAACUGUUAUCACAAGGAAGGGCACCAAGCUCCUUGCAACAGCUACGGGGACGGGUAUAACAUGCUGGCGUUCGGGGUUGUCCAAGUAGUAAUGUCCCAGAUUCCGGAUUUCCACAACAUGGAAUGGCUCUCCAUCCUCGCAGCCAUCAUGUCCUUUGCCUAUGCCGUCAUUGGAUUCGGCCUCGGCUUCGCCAAAGUCAUUGGUACGUACGUUCGUUCUAUACUAUAUAAUGGAGAGAUUAAAGGGAGCAUGACCGGCGUGCCUGCUGCCAACACUGCCGACAAAAUAUGGCUAGCGUUUCAAGCCAUUGGGGACAUCGCAUUUGCGUAUCCUUACUCUCUUAUACUGCUCGAGAUACAGGACACUCUGAAGUCCCCGCCGGCCGAGAACAAAACGAUGAAGAAGGCGUCGGUGACGGCAAUAUUCAUCACGACCUUCUUCUACCUGGCGUGCGGGUGCUUUGGGUACGCUGCAUUUGGAGUGGCAACUCCCGGCAAUCUCCUCUCUGGCUUCGGAUUCUACGAGCCUUACUGGCUCAUCGACUUCGCUAACGCCUGCGUCCUUCUCCACUUGGUGGGUGCCUACCAGAUGUACGCCCAGCCGGUGUUCGCGUACGCCGAAGCAUGGUUCACCACCAACUUCCCGGACAGCAAGCUGGUCAACAAGCACUACAACCUCAGUCUCCCCUCCUCCAAACACGUGAUCACCGUCACUGCUUUACGGUUGUGCUUCAGAACUGCAUACGUGGCCGUGAGCACUGCCAUCGCCAUGUCCUUCCCUUACUUCAACCAGAUUCUAGGAGUGCUUGGAGGCCUCAAUUUCUGGCCAUUGUCCAUCUACUUCCCCGUCGAGAUGUACUUGGUCCAGAGGAGAAUUGGGGCUUGGACUAAGGAAUGGGUCCUUCUCAGAGCCUUUAGCUUGGGUUGCUUGAUUGUCUCCAUUUUGGCUCUCAUGGGUUCUAUCCAAGGACUUUUCAGUGCCAAGUUUGGAUGAACUAAUUAUCUAGUCUUGGAAAUUAUUGUUCUUGUAUAAGCUAAGCAAUUCUGUGUCUGUGUUGAUAUAUAUAUAUAUGCUUCCUAUCUGUACUUACAAUAAUAGAGCUUUGAAGUUUAAACUCUCUCUCAAAAAAAGAAAGGGUUAAUUGUAUGGUUGGUCACUGAGAUUACCAAAAACGUUCAUGUUUGGUCACUGGAAAUAUUUAAAUCCAAUUUUAGUCACUCAAAUUAGUUAAAUGGUUCAAGUUUGGUCACUCUCCGUCCAACUCCG